AUGACAUUCAUGCUACACAUUCCACAGGCUAUUGGAAGAAAUGGUGGUGAGGACACUCUUGCUCAUUGGCCUGUUGCGUCUGGUAUACAAACAAUUGACGAAACUUCCCUUGAGGUUUUGAAGCAUCUGGAUAAAAUCUGGCCCACCCUCUCUUCUUCAGGUAAUCCAGUUCUCAGUGUGUAUUCGGGUAUAUAUGCGCAUGGUGUUAAUGAUCUAUCUCUUUAUGUACAUGUGAAUUGUGUGUGCUUGGUUGUGCACUUAAAUGUUGUCUCAGAUUUUCAAAUUCUUGGAGUCUUGGGCCUUCAGGAAUCACUAUCUGUUGCUUCAGCGAGAAGCCUUCUUUCAGAUCUUAAAAAAGUUGGUGGUUAUCAGCGUUUAAAUCCAAAUGAAUUUCGGGCUGCAGUUGAAAUUUUACAUUUCAUUUGUGACGAAAAGAACAUCUCAGGCAUCUCCAACUGGGAUCAUGAAGCAAUUGUUCCUGAUGAUGGCUGCAGGCUGGUCCAUGCACAAUCAUGUGUAUAUAUUGAUUCUCGUGGUUCGCAUUAUGUCAAGAAUAUUGAUACUUCCCGGUUAAGAUUUGUGCACCAAGAUCUUCCACAGAGAGUUUGCCAGGCCCUUGGUAUCAGAAAGCUAUCUGAUGUCGUGAAAGAGUGCUUAUACACUCGUUUCUUGUUGCUUCCAAAGUUAGUGGACAUUACCCUUGUUUCUGAAAAGUCCAAUUUUCCUGAGUGGGGGGGAAUAUCACAACAUAGGGCCCUCUACUUCAUAGAUGAGUCGAAAACUUGCGUCUUAAUUGCUGAGCCCCCAAAAUAUAUAGCCGUUACAGAUGUAAUUGCUGCUGUAAUAAGUCACAUUUUGGACUCACCACUACCAUUAUCUAUUGGGUCUUUCUUUCUUUCUCCUGAGAACUCUGAGACUGCACUCGUUGACAUCCUGAAACUUUCUUCUCGAACGAGAGACCAUGAGUUUGGAGGUGGAGCUUACUAUUUUCUUGGCAAAGAUAUUUUGCCCCAAGAUGCUAGUCGUGUUCAGUUCCAUCCUUUAAGGCCAUUCUACAAAGGAGAGAUAGUAGCUUGGAGAUCUUCAAGUGGAGAAAGGUUGAAGUACGGAAGGGUUCCAGAAAAUGUUAAGCCAUCUGCAGGACAAGCACUUUAUCGAUUUAUGUUGGAAAUCUCACCAGGAAUUACUGAGCUCAUUCUUUCUUCUAACAUUUUCUCCUUCAAGAAUAUUUCUUAUAACAGUGAAGAUUCAUCAGCUGCCAGACAGGAGGGAGAUGAGAUGAAACAGAAAAACACAAGGGCAGAAACAUCUGGAGGAGUUGGGUCAGGGCCCUGUCAGGUAUUUUUCAUCUCAGCCAUAGAGAAGCUGCAUAUUAACUAA